UCCCAUGUGUUGAGAAUAGAUAGCGAAACAGUAGCUAGAUGAUAGGUCAAAAUAUGCCUAGAUGGUUACCUAUCUGAAUAAUUAUAGCUUAACGUUCGCUUGCUAUCAUAGAGGCGUAUGUGUUUGGAUUUAGCUUCUGUGUCAUGUUGUCAUCGUCAAAAUAGCAAUGAAUUUGUUGAAUUGGAUAACUCAACUAGUCUAGCCAACUACGUUAGCUAACCUGUGCUAACCUGCUAAAAAACGUUCUUCACUUUCAAUUCUUCUGUUUCAUGCCUCCGGCAGCUUAGAGGAUAUCGAGAUGAGUGCACAAGUGUCUGGAUCCGAGUUCAACGGCAUAACGCCCCUCCAGCAGAUGGUCUCGUCUUGCUCAGGGGCUAUCCUUACGUCACUGCUUGUCACACCGCUGGAUGUUGUGAAGAUCAGACUUCAAGCUCAGGAAAGCCCUUUUCCCAAAGGAAAAUGCUUUGUGUAUUGCAAUGGCCUCAUGGAUCACAUCUGUGUUUGUGAGAAUGGAAACUCCAAGGCAUGGUACAGAGCACCUGGACACUUCAGUGGCACUCUGGAUGCUUUCAUCAAGAUCAUUCGGAGGGAAGGGAUCAAGUCCUUAUGGAGUGGGCUUCCCCCAACACUAGUCAUGGCCGUGCCGGCAACAGUCAUCUACUUCACCUGCUAUGACCAGCUCUGUGCGGCCCUGAGGACCAGGAUGGGCAGGCAUUCUCAGGAGGCCCCACUGCUGGCGGGAGCCAUUGCCAGAGUGGGCUCUGCGACCGUGAUCAGCCCGCUGGAGCUGAUCCGGACCAAGAUGCAGGCGCAGAGGCUGUCCUACCGGCAGCUCAGCGCAUGCAUCUGCUGCACUGUCCAGAGCGAGGGCUGGCUGUCCCUGUGGAGGGGCUGGGGUCCCACCCUGCUGCGGGAUGUCCCAUUCUCAGCGAUGUACUGGUAUAACUAUGAGCUGGGCAAGCGCUGGCUGUGUGACAAGCAGGGCACCAGGGAGCCCACCUUCAUGAUCACCUUCAUAGCUGGGGCGACGUCCGGAUCUAUUGCUUCCAUAGUAACACUCCCCUUCGAUGUGGUAAAGACAAGGAGGCAGGUUGAAUUGGGAGCACUUCAGGUUCUGAAUAUAAGCACACAAUCGUCAUCGUCCACCCUCCAGGUGAUGAAGAGAAUAGUGGCAGAGAAUGGUGUAAAAGGGCUAUUUGCAGGCUUUCUGCCUAGGCUGAUCAAAGUGGCCCCGGCGUGUGCCAUCAUGAUCAGCACAUACGAGUUUGGGAAAGCCUUUUUCCGCAAGCGCAACCAAGACCUAGCAGCAGCGGCGGUGACACUGCAGACCAGCACCUGAGACUGGAUCCCCAGGCCAGGUGGUCACAGAACCCAGUACAGGGCCUACACUCUCAUCAGAGCGACUUUUGGGAACCCCUUUUCUACCGCAGAGCUGGCACCAGGCUCACUGGCCCCAGGCUCACUGGCCCCAUUCAGGUUCUGGAUGGUCUUCCAUGAUCUUUUUAGUCGUGCUUGUGUCAGCUCCGCCUGCUAGCCUUCCUGGUCUGUUACCAGCCUGUUAGCAAUGGAGCUGUGGGCGGAGUCCACAAGCUGCACGGCUUCCAUCAGCACUAAUAACAGAAGUGAUAGAAACAGAAUGGAGAAAGGAACAAGCCAUUACCACUGAUCACAGCAAACAGCUAGAAAGACAUGGACUCAAGUUUAUUUUUCCUUGGACUUCAGAUGAAGUUAGCAUGACUUCACAUAUUACGACUCUGGUGGAGGGCAGUGAGGUGGAAAAGCAACCAUGCUGAACUAGGUCAGCCAUUUUGGCUCCAGCUCAUAUUAGCCUGGUUCCAGUUCCAAAGCAGAAAAGGGGCCCGAGAGACUUGAACACAGCGUUGCUAUAUAUGUUGGUAUAGCAAUGCUACAAUACUACGGCAUCUGUUCAAUCUAACUAACACCAGUGCACUUUGAUGUCAAGUGAAUUUUAUGCAAAUCUUAUUUUUUAUUCAAAAUCUACACAACACAGUAAAUUAAGCAGGUACUCAAAUGAAUGAAAAAUAUUACAUACGAAACAGUAACACUUGCAUAAAUUUGCUACCAAAAACACAUCAGUUAGACUGAGAGGCCCAAGUAUGCAUGCAGUCUACAGUUCAAUGUAAAUAUAUGCAAAGGGGGUUUGUGUUAUGUUAAAUAAGAAAUGGUAGAUAUUUCAAAAUACAUAUCAUCUACCACAGUUUUCCUCUUUUGUAGGAGAAUAUUGAAAAAUGCAAAAGUUUAAUGUGGCCAGUAUGAAUAAUUUUGUUUUUGUGUAUAGUGCCAAUAUGUGUCUUUUUAUUAAAUUUUAUUGACUACUGUUGCACAGAACUUGCACCAUACAGCGAGGCAUGGCUCUUUCAGUAAAGAGUGAAGCAGUGAGGAGUAUGACACAUUUUACCGUAAAACAGAAUAAUCCCACCACUGCCAAUAGUGAUGUGCAUGAAGCAUUUUGGUCUCAAUAAGGUGCCACAAACACUGCUUAUUCAGCCUGAAUUCCUGUGGCCAGAGAAAUGAGCAGGCAUCAGUUUGUUCUUGAACCCCUUCAUUUCUAAAUUCAUUUUGAACUGAAUGUAUUCAAAGCUGAUGGAAGUUUCAAAUUUGGUACCUUUUAAAACUGGAAAAUGUGAUGAAGACAGACUGCCUCAAAUCUGAGUGCUAAUCAAG